UGUGUCACUGUGUGGGAAGAGCCCUCUAUAAAAAUAAAUCGAAUUGAACAGAGCCACAACAGAGAACCUCCGUGUUUUACUUUUCAUGUGUGGUGGCAUCAAGCGGGUACGUGCGGAGGAGUGUAGCGAACCCAGUGUAGGUGAAACAAUAAGUUUCUGUAAAAGAAGAUCCCUUGCUGGGAUACUCUGAAGACCCAAGCUCCAUGGAUGGAUUUUAUGACCAACAAGUCCCUUUUAUGGGCCCUCCCAGUAAAUCUCGUGUGGAUGACUCAUGCACAAGAACGUUUAGUGACAGGAAACGAAAGUUUGUGGACACCGAGCUGGCCCAAGACACAGAAGAACUCUUUCAAGACCUAAGUCAACUGCAGGAGAUCUGGAUUGCGGAAGCUCAAGUGCCUGAUGAUGAGCAGUUUGUCCCAGAUUUCCAGUCUGAUAACCUGAUUUUCCACGGCCCCCCACACACCAAAAUCAAGCGGGAGCUGAGUCCCUCAAAAGAGCUGUCCCCUUGCAGGCAGAACCAGAACUCUACACCCAGUGGAGAGAAGUGCCUUUACAGCUACAGUGCCUACAGCAGGAAGCCCAACGCUGGUUUCAAGCCAUUGACUCCUCCCUCAACACCUACAUCGCCACGCAGCGCCUCCUGCGAACAGGCACCGCUCCAGCUGCCUUCCCGGACACCCGUAGCUCUCACCGUACCGGGCCAGACUCCAGUCGCGUCUUUUGCAGUGCCCUGCGUCCCUGUCAGCCACUCGGAGAGCCCCUACAGCCUUGAGCAGCAUAGGUUUCACAGACAGCUCUCGGAGCCAUGCCUACCAUUCCCUCCUUCCAAGACCCAGGGACCCUCACGUUUCCCACCUCAGGCUUCCGGCAGCCUACCCCGCCAUGGCCGACCCCCUUACCAUCGGCAGAUGUCGGAGCCUCUUGUCCCUGUGCCCCCACAAGGGUUCAAGCAGGAGCUGAUAGACCCACGUUACACAGAACAGGGUGUUCCCUCCAUGUCUCGACUCCAACCUGCCUUCCGCCCCAUAACCAUCAAACAAGAGCCCCGGGACUACUGCAUUGACUCUGAAGUGCCUAACUGUCAGUCCUCCUUUGGGAAGGUUGCAAACUUCUAUCAAAACAAUCAUGAUGGCUUCGCUUUUGACAGAGAGCCACACCUGUACUAUGACGACACUUGCGUGGUCCCUGAACGCGUGGAAGGGAAGGUGAAACAAGAAGCCUUGGCAUUCCGUGAAGGGCCUCCCUACCAUCGGCGUGGCUCGCUGCAGCUCUGGCAGUUCCUAGUCACUUUGCUGGAUGACCCUGCGAAUGGCCACUUUAUUGCCUGGACUGGACGUGGCAUGGAGUUCAAACUCAUUGAGCCGGAGGAGGUUGCCCGCCGCUGGGGCAUUCAGAAGAAUCGGCCAGCCAUGAACUACGACAAGCUCAGUCGUUCAUUGCGAUACUACUACGAGAAGGGAAUCAUGCAGAAGGUUGCCGGUGAGAGAUACGUCUACAAGUUUGUUUGUGACCCAGAGGCCCUUUUCUCUAUGGCAUUCCCCGACAACCAAAAGCCAAGCCUGAAGGUCGACCCAGAUAGCCUCCCUGGAGCUGAAGAUGACACCGCGCCCCUCUCUCACUAUGAGGAGAGUGCCCCUUACCUGCUGGAUGGGGGAGAGCAGUGCGUCUCAGGGCUUUCAUUCUCCGAUGGUUAUGCAUACUGACAGUCUCCUAUGCUCUCAACCAAGCUGACCCGAGUCAGCCGCCAGACCACGGACCCCACCCCCCUUGUCACUUCUGACUUCUUGCCAACAUCCAGAUUCAUAACGCUGCCUCUCAACUGCUUCACCUGAGGAAAAAGGAGGAUCUGGGAGAGAAAGAAGGACAGACUGUUCCAACUGCUUUGCCUGCCAGUUCAAGGAAGAGGAAUCGCCCUUGUUUCUGUGCAAAUGAGGCAACAACAAGGGAGAGUCACUCCAGGCCCAGAAGACUAAUGGAUGUUCUGUAUAGGCAGCAAAAAAGUGUAGCAACUCUGUACUGACAAUCUGCUUUUGUAAAGGGUUAAAGUAUGUUGUAUUCAUAAAAAUCAAAUAAUGCGGCAUUAUUCUUUAAACUGCCUUUUCGGUUCCCAAGUAAUUUUACAGUUAUACUAAAUAUUGUAAAAGGGCUUUAUUUUGCAAAAAUGUUUGGACUUUGUUCCUUUGUUUGGUCACGAACUGUUGGAUAAAACUGUGUUUGUCAACUUUAAUCUGGAUGCAAAUCCAGUAAUUUUGACCUCAACAAAACUGCCCUCCAGGUUAAUCUAAUAGUCUGCCUGAUACAAUUAUUUUCACUUCUAAUUAUGAGGCAUUGCUUUUUUUUUUUUUUAAAUUCCAGCCAUAAGCUGUCUUGUAAACAUUAAUUUAGCUGAAACAUGUUGCAUCAUAGUGAGCUGAAUGCUUUAUCCUAAGGACUGUUAGACCAUUUUUCAUAGAGACCCAGGAUUGCUAAUGUUUGUUUCCCAAGUCAUGACUAACCUCACAAUUCUGAGGGGGGGGGACUUUUUAUGAGAGUUUCAUUUUAUAUUCUCCUGUAUUCUCAAUUUGAAAAGGGAUACAUAUAACAAUAUUUUCUGGACAGUUUGGAUUUAUAGAUUUUUUUUUUUUUUUUUUUGGUAUAUUGUGUCUUUGGCACUGUGCCCCUGUGAUAUUUGGUAAAAUAUUACAGUGGCAUUUGAGACUUGCAUGCAAAGGAGAAAAGUCCCUUUUCACCACUCCUUAAACAACUGCAGUUUACAUGGAACUCUUGGCACUGCAGUUUGCCAAUAGAAGGCCAUGGCUACAAUUUCAUGGUUUCACAAACAGGUAAUUGUCUAACAUAUCAUUUAGUCUAGAAUAUGAGGAAAUCAUGUUCUCUCUGCAUAUGUGUCCUGGGUCCUGUCUCCCCUCCCCAGAAGAGAUUGGCUGUUUUGAUUUAUUUAAGAUGUAUAGAUCUACUGUUUGCAUAUUAUGUAUCUUCUAAUCUUUAUUCCUUGUGUGAUGCAUGAUUAGUUGCAAAAAAAAGUAUCCUUUAUUGGUGGGUUAGAUGGGUGUGUUUUGAAAUUCUGAUGUUCUCCUGUCUGUAAGAAGUGAAUGGAGCGUCCCCUGUCUUCUCCACCAAGAGAAAGGUUGUCUGCACUUGUCCAUGCUUCACUUCUCCAUUCACGAUGUGUACCAUAUACUGUUAUCUGAACAGGGUACAAUAAAUAAUCCUUUCUGCUUGACUCUCUCGGACUACAUCUAUUAGUAGUUUAGCUGAUUCUUUUCUUUAAAGCACCUUGCAAUGUUUGUAUAAUAUGCUAUUUACAAUUAUUUAGCUUUUUAUACUUUUU